AUGUUGAAAGUAACUAAGGCUCUUAAAAUACUAUCCCCAACCAAAACAUCUUUUAAGAAUGAAGGGAAAAGCAGGGGGGUGCAGAAGAGGCGGCCGGCUCUGCACUCGGCCCGGCCCGUACGCCGGGGGCCUCCCGGUCCUCGCGGCACAGCCGAGUCUCAGGGCACCCGGGCGUCACCACGGCCUCGCUCCGGUCCACGCGGAGAAGACGGUGGAGCUCAGAGAACCUUAGGCCGCCAGGCCGCGCCAACCCCUACGUCGCCUCAGCCGUCCCCGAUAAAAGCGCUGGUCGCCCCCGGGGCCCCUCUCAGGCUCCGGGGUCCGGACUCCGCGGUCCUGUCCGACCUCAAAGGACGACCCCGGAGGCCACGGGCAGCCAGCGGCCCCGACUCCCGGCUCCCAGUCCCUCCAUCCCUCCGGCCCUCCCAUCUGCGCAGGCCGCCCAGCCAACACCACGUUCCCCCUUCCCUUCCAGGCCCCCAUCCGUUACCGGCGGCUAGUAUGGGGAGCCAGGCGGCCGGAGCUGCGCAGGCAGUGACUCAGGGCGGCAGCGGCAGCGGGUGGAGCAGGAGGCGGCGCCGCGAGCAGAUGGCGCUAAAAAAGACCCAAGAGCCCGCCGCUCGCGCUCAUAUACAAUUAGCGUCAGCACGUAGGGCCCUUUCGCCGCCCUCCCCCCGGCCUUGUAGUCUCCCAGCAACGCAAGCGAGAGGCGGGUCCAGGCCGGGUUGCCUAGCAACUGAACCGUCCUUCUUCCCCGGCGACCUCCAUACCCCCACCGAGGACUCCUGCAGCCCUGAGACCCAGGCGCCGCGUUUGGGCUCCUCUGGUUCCCGCUGGUGUCUAACCUCCUCUGUUAAGCACCCCACCAUCUCUUUUCUCCCUGCUGAGCCGGAAAGGAAAUUUCAACCCCAUCAGAUGUGGGGAAGGCUUGGCCCGCGUGCCCGGCGCCCGGCCCGCCCCGCCCCCUUCGGCGUUGUGCUGGGAACGCUGAGGGCGGGCGCCAGUCGCCUGGUCCCUCGCUCGCCGCAGCCUAGACGGCGGGCGCUCCCUGUCAAGGCCUAAUUCCUGCAACUCGCCGGCCCCCGGUAACCAUUUUCCCUCCCCGCCUAAGAAAAACAGUUUUUUCCUCUAGACCACUUCGGCGGCCUCUUCUGCCAGUUUUGCUUCUCCUAUGCCAGCGGGUCUCCGCGCCUUUAGGGGAUGCUCGUCAUCCUUUGCCCCCCACCCCCCCGCCACAUCCUUGUAACUGAUGUACAGUCCAUCAGUUCGGCUUCACUUCUUUUGACGGAUGAAAAUGGCAUAUUUGUGCAUUCUCUGGAUGCGUUAUAAUGAGGACACUCAGUACGUCCGUUGUUUCAUCUUUCUGAAAAACCUAUUCCUAUACACCCUUCUCAACACUGAUGUAAUGCUAACAAGGAGCGUAAUAGCAUCAAUAAUGGAUCUUCAGGAAGAACCCGCUAUACAUAAACAAGAUCUUUGUGGUAGCAGAAUUUCUGAGACAAAAUUGAGAAGUUAGCUUUUGUGAUGGUUUUUAUCCUACACCAGAGAGCCUCAUCAAUUUUCGGCACUUCACGCACAAAGGCUCUGGAUUUUUUAGGUUUCACCACCCCCCCCCCCAUACCAACCCCUGUAACUUAGGUGUUAUCAUUACUAGUACAUAUGCUCUUUCCCCCUUUUCUCCAGCUUCCUCUUCUUUUUUCAGUGUAUCCUAGCCAAUCUAAGAAACUAAACAAUAAAAUAUUUCUAC